AUGACGGAUGAGGAUGAUUUUGUUAUUGACGAGGAGGAGAAGGAGUCUGAACAGCAAGAUGAAACUAUGGAUGACUACGAUGAGACUGUAGAAAAUAACGACCAUCAACAAGAGGGAGAGCCUGCUCAAGAGUCCGAGGAUGUCUUUACUAGUCACGGAGGAGAUCCACGUCAACUAGAUCUCAAUAGAUGUCUUCUGCUUUCAUGCAUUCCAUCUCCGUUCUUGGGCGACUCAUAUGAUGUAUUCAACGACUGCAUUUUGAAUUGGAUUUCUCAAGAUUUUAAGAUUGCUCGUGAUGCUAUUGAGAAGGUUGUUCGGAUACCGAAACUCCAGUCUGAUGCGGAGAAUCCGGAUUUGGCUGCUCGUGCAAUAAUUUCGUUCAAAUCACGCGUGCAUAAGCAUCGUGUGUUUGCGCAGAAGAAUAUGGCUGCAGAAUCAUCCAUAAAAUUGGAUGUACUGGACAGUAUACCGCGUGAAUUCGUUGACGUGGAUGAAGAUCUCGAAAUUGCCGAUGAUGUCGGUGAAGAUGACGAAUGCGCAGAACAGCAAGAUGAUGGCGAAGAGGCUAACCCUAAGAAACGAAGGGUUACCUCGACCCUUAAUCAGACAGAUCAUGCAGACGAGCACGAUGAAGAUGAAACGGAUGAAUAUCACAGAGCUGAGAACGGAGUCGUGUCAUCAAAAUCCAAGUACAAGCGAAAAGAGUAUGUUGAUGAAGACCUAGAAGCUCCUUUCGAAAUCUCUUGGGAUGGUGCGCCAGAGUUUCAGUGGAAGCUGUGCCCUACUGCGACGGAUACCCGACGUUUGAUAAUUGAGAACAUCUUUUGGGCAGAUCUUCACAACGUGUUCAUCUACCGUGUGAUGCUGAGAGCUGAAACAGUGGACAUUAGCUUCCCCAUGCGCUUUAACAUAGAAGGAUCGAAACAAAUGUACGGCAAGAUAACAAUGACAUUCCAAUGGAGCAUGCAAAUUAUGAAUGAAGCUAUGCGUCACCUUAUCUACGUUCGUUGUCCCCAGGGUCGUCGAAUCAAGAUAUUCCUCCCUCAGACCCCUUCGGCCAUGAAACUAAAGGAAGAGUUCGAGGGCAAACUCGGACGCGUGAUUCAGCCAACUAGAAGAAUGCAUCAAUUGGUUAUCAAAGUUCUUCCUGAGAAUUAUGAGCUUACGUUGGAAACGGCACGUGAGUUGUUUGCGCCUUAUAUCCCAACUGAGGUCGAAAAUGUCAAAGACGAUUUAGGGCAGCCUUCCGCAAUCGUCACCAUGAGCACUGUUGAAGAUACCAUAAAGGCGCAUUCUUCGUUUUCUUUUGUGACAGUGAAGGAUGAAAGUGGAAAAGAACACAAAAGUCAUGUUUUCCUACGAGGAGUAGAAGCUCAUUUUGGAUCCCUCACUACUCGCUGGGAUAGGAAGAAAAUAAUGGCGAUGGACGGACCCAGAAAGGGAUCUAAGCGUGCUGCUCAUGAAAAUUCCAAGGAUGGUAUUCCAUCUAAGAAGCCACGUGGGGCAUUGAUCCGUGGAGGCCCACGUGGCUCUUAUCGUGUUGGAUAUCCCGUGCGUGGUGGAAGAGGUGCUUACAGAGGUCGAGGUGCUCGUUUUGAUCAAUAUGAACGCAGUUAUGGAGUAAGAACACCUUAUGGCUCUCGCUAUGAGGUGGAGAUGCGUGAAAGAAUGUUCAAACGACAGGAGAUGCUAGAUGAAAUGGCUCUACAUGAACAACGUGGAAGAGGUGGAUACGGUUAUGGGAGGUCGCCAUACGGCGGACCAAGAACCUACGAUCACUCGUACUAUGGAACGAGCAGUUAUGAUCCGUACAGUCGGCACCGCUCUGGCUACUGA